AUCUAGAAAAGCUCGACUAAUAAUUGCAAGUCUUGUCGCCAACAAUGGAUGGACGGAUGGAUGAAUAACAUUGAUUGUUAUGUUUGAAAGAAAACUGAUAGAUAAAAUGAAAAGGGUUGUUUAUGAAUCCUGAAUCUCGAUGUUUGUCGUAGUUGUUGUAGCAUAGUACUUGCAGACAGGCAGGCAGGCAGGAAAGAUGGGAUGAGAUGAGGAGGGCAUCCAUGUACAGGGACUAACUAGGGCAUACAAGAUAUAUCUCUUAUUACAACUUGCAGCAGCUAGCAGACACCAAUUAUACUGCUUUACAGCCCACACAAAAAUAAACGACUACAGUUCUACUCCUACAGCAGCAGCAGCAGCAGCAGCAGCAAUAAUAAUAACAAUAACAAUAAUUUAUUGUUAUUAUUAUUAUUAUUGUUAUUAUUAUCAUAAUAAAUAUAUAUCUCUCUCUCUCACUCUGUCUGUUUCUUAUUCAUCUUCAUCGUCAUCUUCUUUCCUUCUUCUUCUUCUUUUUUUUCUUGAUAUUAUUAAUUACGUCAAGACUUUUUUCAGUAAGAAUAUGGGGUUUUAUUUAUUCAUUUAAUUAAAUAUUCUUUGUUGUAUAUAAUAAACAAUUAUUUGUGAUUUAGACUUUUUAGAGUGAUGGAGUUUCGUGUUUGAGUUUGGUAGUGAGGGUGAGGGUGAGGGAGUAAUAGUAGGGAGUAGUAAUAAACCACCUCUUCCCUGGUCGCGUUGUCGGCGCGAGGUCACUUUCUGUCGGCAAUGUCUGUACUGUAUCCAACGAUGAUUCUCAACUUUAUUAUUUAUUAAUAUUAUUUUUAAAGAGAAAAGGUACAGCAAGCUGCUGAUUGGUUUCAGAUUUUUCCUUGCUUAAUCAGUCGCAGUUUGUUUGUCGUAGACCAGGCCUUGAAGCUGUGUUCAUCUUCACAACUGGGGUUUGUUUCUUUCUUGUUUUUUUUUUAUUAUUUCUUUUGAGAAUUUGUUGCUGGGAAUGUGGGGUGAUUUUUUAUUUUGGUGAUUGUGCUAUUGGAACCCUGACUCAAUUUGUCACUGGCAAAUGAAGCUGAGGUUUCUGGGGAUCUGGCUGCGUGAUUUAUCUGUGAAUACAGGGACUAGAUGGCUGUUUGACCAAACGAAAUAUCAAUUCCUGCACCAAUGUCGUUGCGUUAUGUGUUUCUGUCAUCCAUGGUUAUAAGGAUUAUUGAAUGCUGCUUGUUUAUGAGGUGGCAUUUUCUUUUCUUCAUUAUUGCUUAUCUGCCUUUCCUUUUCCAGGUUCCAUGUAUAUUGUCUCAUAUUCGACUAAAACCUUACGGCAUAGCUGAAGCGGUUCCCGUACCAGAUGUCAAGGACUCUUGCAGCCAUAUUGGGAGGUGCUGCAGGAGUCAUGGCAUUGGUGGGGGUAGUUAUUUUUCUUCUAUGGUGCCUUUCUCACAAAAAGAGCGUGUCAAGAACUUCAGAGACAGGAUCUUCUGAAACAUCUGUUCAAGGAAGGCAUGCAGGGAUUGAGUUGUCAUUACAAGAAGCAAGGCGUUUUGAGAUGGAAGAAUUGUCUCUGGCCACGAAAGGUUUUAGUGAGAAAAAUUUGAUGGGGUUUGGAAAGUUUGGGGAGGUAUAUAAGGGUUUGCUUAAUAAUGGGAUGGUUGUAGCCAUCAAGAAGAGACCUGGAGCUCCUAGUCCAGAAUUCGUUGAUGAGGUGCGCUACCUUUCACCUAUUCAGCAUCGGAAUCUUGUGACUCUUUUGGGCUACUGCCAGGAAAAUGACCUACAGUUUCUUGUAUAUGAGUAUAUCCCUAGUGGGAGCGUUUCCAAUCACUUGUAUGGACCUAGUCAAACUUUGGAUGGGAAGCUUGAAUUCAAGCAUAGGCUCUCAAUCGCUCUAGGGGCUGCUAAAGGUGAUCCUUUGCAAAAUCAGUCAGCAUUUUGGCUUUCCUGCGCAUGUGCCACCUCAUUCAUCUCAUCCCAUGCUACAGGUUUGGCUCAUCUUCACUCUCUAUCUCCCCGUUUGGUGCACAAAAAUUUCAAAACAGCCAACGUUCUCGUGGAUGAAAAUUUCAUUGCUAAAGUUGCAGAUGCAGGACUUCGUAAUUUCCUGGGAAAAGUUGAUAUUGCAGGCCCAUCUACGCAAGUGACAUCAGAUGAGAUAUUUCUUGCCCCAGAGGUGAGAGAGUUCAGGCGAUUUUCUGAAAAAAGCGACGUGUUCAGUUUUGGUGUAUUCCUUCUAGAGUUGCUAAGCGGCAAGGAGGCAGCAGAACCAUCUCCAGGGACGAGUCAAAAUAUGGUUGAAUGGGUCCAAAAUACUCAGGACUACGCCAACUUUGCCAGCAUUGUCGACCAAAGAUUGGGGAGUAGCUUCACUGCUGAAGGUAUGGAAGAGUUUAUACAGUUGAUGCUCCGAUGCGUGGAACCUUCAAGUGAGAGACGACCAGCCAUGAAUUAUGUGGUAAUGGAACUUGAUCGUAUAAUCGAGAAAGAGAUGAACUUGACGACAGUCAUGGGGGAAGGAACCCCAACGGUGACCCUUGGAAGCCACUUAUUCAGAUCAGCCAAAUAAAACAAAUUUGUUUUCCUUAAAAAUUGUUGAGAGUGAUUUUUGUGAUACUUCAAUUGUUUACUUCAAGUGUUUAUUCCCCUUUUUUGAGAGCUCAGUGAAGAUAGUCAGCUGUUUGUAAGUGUAUAAAAGAACAGCUGUGUUAUUAUUGUUGUUAUUUUUUUAAUUUUUUUUAUCAUAAAUGUAUUGAUAAUCUUGCUGUAAACCAUUACUUUUCGUAUAUAAGGGGUUCUGUUCUGUUA